AUGGGUGGCACGCGUCUCUCGUUUGAGGACGAGAGCGCAGUUGUUGAUAGCAUCGAGCGCUGGAUCAAACACGGGCACUUUCCUUACCACUCUCUGGCGAAGGAUGCAGCCAAUGCAUAUUGCCUGAACCACCAUGGCUACAACCAGAACAGGCAAAAUGUUACUCUUGGUUGGCAGAAGGGUUUCUGGCAGCGCCAUCCAGAACUUGCUCAUCACGUAGAGAACGAGCGCAAGUCAUUUAGGCUGAGAGGUCCACAUGAAGACCGCAGAGCCUGGAAGUUCUUCCAAUCAUUCAAGGAGACUCGGCAGAGACUUCAAGUUCCGGAUGCGCACAUCUACGCAAUGGACGAUGCUGGAUAUGUUACUACCAUGUAUCGAAAGACAAAUGCAGUCUUUCUUCGACCGGAGAACCCAAAUUCAACUUCGAGAGAAGAACGAAUAUUCUCGUCUGUGAUACACUGCUGCUCGACUCAAGGGAAGCACCUACCUCCGUACAUUAUCUGCAGGAGUCAGGUUCCACCCCAGACGAAGAGCUUUGGUCAAACCAAAGUCUUCUCCAACCAGUCAGGCUGGGCUGAGGCGAACCAUGCACUUGACUGGCUGAAAAAUGUUUUUGAGCCAGGAACUAGGCCCAGAGCCCGCCGUGAAACCUGGAGGAUGCUACUCAUCUCCCAUCGUUUCCGUGUGAUAUUCCCCGAAUUCGAACAGUUCUGCUGGCAUCACAAGAUCGCAUGUCUCUGCUUCCCCAACAGCGACCAGCAGUUCUUCAACCCAAUCAGAAACAUAGUUUUUGGGCCUAUGCGCAAGAACUAUUCUGAUUUUAUGAUAAAGAAGCUCUCGGAUAACAACAAGAAUGCCAUCGUAUUGGAAGUGGCAGCAUUUGUAUCGUGGAUCCAAGGGGAGGUGGCUUCAUCUAGCCGAAUGGCGGAGGCUGCAGAUGUUUGGCGUUCAAGCUGCCUUGUGCCGCUAGAUGAAACCCGGCUUCGCAAUUGUCUGCAAGGGAAUCGUGCUACUGCUGGGCCGGAGGAUACAGGUUCCAAUCUGGAUAGUCGCAUCGACUCAGAAGAUACUCGUGUGAGAAGGGCAACGACACAUUCCACAUCUCGGACAAGCGUCCCUUUACCGACCCUCGCAUCGACCGACGACUUCGAUCGAUCGUCCAGCCCUGAGUACUCACCCCCCUCGCCGCGACCAUCACAAGGGAGCCCGAAAUGCCAGCAGAGUGAUGAUAGCUCUGAAUCAGAGGACACUCAGUCCGGGAGUGGGAGUGAAAGUGAAUCGAUCAGCAAUUCUCAGCCCAUCACGCCUUGCAAGACACCAAGGCCUCCCAAGGGCCCCCGGGCCAGGACGCCAGAAACAGACCCAACUGAUUCAGUCAUGUCGGCAAAGGAGCACCGCGACACCUUGGAUAAAUGUAUCGAUGGCACACCUCGAACGAAGAAGAGAUAUCGUGAUGACUUGAUUCUGGAUCGUGGCGAUCUGGAGAAAGAGAAUGCUCGUCUCAAGGAGAGGGUUAAGCUCUUGGAACGGUUUGCCGUCAAGAUGCCUAGGCUUGAGUGA